AUGCUUUCUAUGUCUGUUCAUUUUUCUUCGACAUUUUUCUUUUUUUUUAUAAGUGCUUACUUUUUACAAGAUGGAGGCAUUAAUCCUUAUGGGAAAGACACUUCCUCUCAAUCUCAGGGUGUUAAAAAAUUUACCAAUUUGAAUGCCAAUGCAGCAGUAUUUCAAUCCAUGAAUGCCAAUGCUGCAGUCUUUCAACCACAACACACAGAUGCUUCUCCUACAGGUGAUGGCAAGGGACAGUUAUCUCCACAAGCAACAGAUUACAAUCAGGGUGGGAAUUACUCAACUAGUUAUUUUCCCAGAGGAAGCUUUCCUAAUCGCAACUUUAGAGGGAAUAGGGGUCGUGGCGGUUUAAACAAUGGCUUCAAUCGAAACAGCAACAGUGGUGGAAGUGGCGGAGGAGGGGGCGGUGGUGGUAACAGAGGUGGCUACAGCAAUAGAAGUAGUUACCCUAGCUUCCCAAGUCGUGAAUACCGAGCAGCAGAGAACUACAGUAUGCUCAAUGGUGCAUCAUUUGGUAAUGGCUUCCCCAAACGUAGCAGUAGUGGCACAGGCAGCACAGGUGGCAAUGCAGGCACAGUGACAAGAGGUACAACUGGCAGUGGAGGAGGCGGCGGCAGCAGCAGUGGUGGUGGUGGAAGUGGAGGCAGCUUGAAAAGUGGCACAGGAAGUGCUGCAGCUGUACGAGGCCAACCCAGAGGAGGAAGUAUCCGUGGAGGGAGAGGCACCGGAGGUGGGCUGGGUCGGACGACCUUCCCUCAACAGCCUUUGGCUCAGCAGUAA